AUGUCUAAUCUAUCAAAUAUGCAACCCCAGCAAUUACAGACAUCGUCUUCUGUCGACUUAUCAUCGAAAGAAUCGACCUCCACACAAAAUUCUGAUUCUGAUAGAAACACUUCGGAUAAUAAUGGUUCAAGAAGAGGUAGACCUAAGAGAACCUCUUCAAAAAAUAUAGAUUAUGAUUUAAAGAAGCGAAAGAUUAUACCAUCUGACACCAAUUACUUCAGUGCAAGAGAAAACAAACAUAAUGAUUCCGAUACAAGUAAAGAGGACAGCGAAAAGAAGAAAAUUCCCGAUGUCAAAUUAAUUGAAACUGAUGAAAAUGGAAAAAUAAUAAAUAUAAAUGAUGAAGAAAUUCUCAGUGACAUUAAAAAUGGUGCAACAGGAUUAUCAUUAUCUCAAAGUCCAACAGAAAAAAUAAAAAAGGACUCUCUAUGGAAUUAUAAGAAAAUAGUUUUACCAGAAGAGUACAAAGAUUUCGAUGUGAAAAAUAAUAAGUACUUAUCUAUGUUGGAAACAAAAAAAUCGGAUAACCUUACGAGCUCAAGUAUAAUCAGACCUUAUCAUAAACCAAAAGAUAUCCAUAAUUUAGAAAGGUCAAAAUCAUUGUACAAAUAUUAUGAAGGAAAUAAUUUUGCUGAUUUUAAUCAGCAUGCUACUCACCAAAAAAAUGCUCAUGUAAUUAAAAAAGUUAAAGAUACAGUUCUAAAAGAAUCCAAAAGUAAAUUGUUUGGUCAAAGUUCCAUCUCUGCUGUGGAAGAUACAAAUAAUGAUAAUGGGGCUGAUGCAAUAGAUAAUGAUGAUUUUUGUUCUACAUGCCAACAAUCUGGUUCAUUUUUAUGUUGCGAUACUUGUCCCCGUUCGUUUCAUUUUCUUUGUCUGAAUCCUCCAUUAGAUCCUGAUAAUUUACCAGAAGGUGAUUGGUCUUGCCCUCAAUGUGUGUUUAAGGCUAAAAAUCCUACUAUUGCAGCAUAUAAAAAAUCCGAGAGAGAGUUCAUAGCUGAAUUACCUAAUAAAAAUAAAUUGUUUGGUAAGCUACUGUUCAAUAUACAAUCUCAAAAUUCGAAGCAAUUUCAAUUACCAAACACCAUUAAAGAUACAUUCGAAAAUGUCAAAGCUAACGCAAGAGGUCAGUACCAAGAUGAAAAAGAAAAAACUCCUCUGACUGAAAGACAAAUAUUUGGUACGCCAUAUGGACAGAGUAUUACAAAACUCGAUGGAUACACCCCGGAAUUACAUAUAGAUCCUGAAUCAGGGGAAUUUUUGAUUUGCUAUCACUGUCAGAAAACAAAAAUGGGAACCUGGGAAAAUUAUGAAACAGAAUCAAGGUUAAUAAUGAGAUGUGAUUAUUGCCAGACACCAUGGCAUUUGAAUUGUUUACCAGAUGUUCCUCGUGCAUCGUUGAAAAAUUUAGGUAAUAAAUGGAAAUGUCCAUUGCAUAUGCCCGAAUUACAGAAUAAAAUUAAGCAUAUCGAAACAUACAGAAGAUUAUCUCGUAAUCAAACUUAUGUAGAACCUAUUCAAUCAUCAGGUUUUAGAAAUAACGGUGACAUUGAAAUCGAAUUAGAUGAAAUUAUCGAACCUGUAAAAACUACACAAUUUAAUGAAAACUACAAUGAAGCAAGUAUACCUCCGGUUCCGAUAUAUCGUGAAGAUGCAAUCAAAUUAGACUUCCUCGAUAAAAUACAAAAGGCCAAGAGUGCUGAAAAGUUUAAUUUUUUCAAGACACAAGAAAUAUUGAUCGACAAACUAAUAAGUGCUUCCAAAGAGCCAAAAAAUACUUUUAAAAAUACUGAAUUGCAAUCUAAUAUUGAUGAUAUAUCAUCAUUAAUAUAUUUUAAACUGGGAAAUUCUAGAUUUAAAAAACUAUGGAAUUUUAAGGAACUAUGUAAUGUUGCAUCUGGCGAAUUAAACCAAGUCAAGUAUUCUAAUGAGGAACUACAACAAUUAACUUUCAUCAAACAAAUAUUGGAAUCUAAACCAAAGGAAGAAGUUUUAAAAUUUUUAAAUUUGUGA